AUGGCGGCGAACCGCGUGGGGCGGCGGCAGGGGCGGGGGGGGUCCCCGGGCCGCUCCCCCGCUGUCCGGCGUCCCCAACCCCCGGCCCGCAGCCCCGGGCUCCAGCGGCGACCGGCGAGGGUCACCGUCAAGUACAACCGGCGGGAGCUGCAGCGGCGGCUGGACACCGAGCAGUGGAUCGACGGGCGGCUGGAGGAGCUCUACCGCGGGCGGGAGGGGGAGAUGCCGGACGAGGUGAACAUUGACGACCUCCUGGAGCUGGAGACGGAUGAGGAACGAGCGCAGAAGCUGCAGGGCAUCCUGAGAUCGUGCACUGCUGACACUGAGGACUUCAUACGGGAGCUCCUCACCCAACUCAAGGGGCUACCGAAGCAACAAGUCCUACAGCGACCCAGCCCGGAGGACCCCAACCCACCCCCCUUGUGA